GUCUGAGUUCAGGUCUUAGUUUAGACGUAUUAUUGGGAAGUGCCUUAAUCUUUAUCUUCCAAUUAAUUAAACCAAGCUUUGUAUCUCCUUGUAACAGGUUUAGAAGAAAGUAAGAACUGUUUAUUCAUCAAUGUGGGACAUCCUUUAUUUAUAUUUUCAUACUUUAGUAUGUGCAUUAUUUGAUACAUUUUUGGAUUGAUAUGUUGAAAUCUGUUUAGUCUAAGGGCCUUUAACUUCAAUGUAGUCCAAGCGGCGACAAAUGAAAUCAGUUAAAUCUCAGCAAUGGCUUUUGGGAGCUGCAAAUGCGCUAGACAUUUUAUUUUUGCUUUCACUUUAUCACCUAACAAUAAACAUGGCACCUCAUCCCAUUCCCAAGAUCUACCCAACUCCCACACCAGAAAUUCAAGAGCGCUUGAAGCGUAGAUUGCAGACACCUAAAGCCAUGGCACCUGCACCCAGAGCCCGAAAGAUUCAAGUUUUGUCAUGGGCAGUUUCACUUUGUAAGUAUUCCAGUUAAUAAUUUAAAUCAUUCGGGUCUUCUUUCUAAACAUUUAUUGUAGCACUAAGUGCAUAUGUCGUAUUAUUUGCUGAUUUUGGUACAGAGAAAAACUGUUAUACCCCUGUAAGUAGAAUAAAAAAAAGAACACCUUCAUGUAGCUAAUGUGAAUAUAGAUUCGUGAAUGGUUUGAGAAAAAGAAGCAAGGUUUCUGGUCCUUGAGUGAACAAGAAAAGAAGGAAUUAAAGGAGCAAGGAAAGCUUUAGAUAGACAUAUUCAAUCAUUGUAAAUAAAUCACCUGUAAUCACACCACUACUUCACCCAUCAAUGCAUUAAAACCCCAUUUGGUC